UAGCCAUAGUUUGUCUGACUCCCUGAUUGUCUUCGUGUUGGUGCCAGUCAGUAGCCAUAGUUUGUCUGACUUCUUGAUUGUCUUCGUGUUGAUGCCAGUCAGUAGCCAUAGUUUGUCUGACUCCCUGAUUGUCUUCGUGUUGGUGCCAGUCAGUAGCCAUAGUUUGUCUGACUCCCUGAUUGUCUUCGUAUUGGUGCCAGUCAGUAGCCAUAGUUUGUCUGACUCCUUGAUUGUCUUCGUGUUUGUGCCAGUCAGUAGCCAUAGUUUGUCUGACUCCCUGAUUGUCUUCGUGUUGGUGCCAGUCAGUAGCCAUAGUUUGUCUGACUUCUUGAUUGUCUUCGUGUUGAUGCCAGUCAGUAGCCAUAGUUUGUCUGACUCCCUGAUUGUCUUCGUGUUGGUGCCAGUCAGUAGCCAUAGUUUGUCUGACUGA